AUGUCUUCUUCCCUUGAAUCUCUUGUUAGUUCCUUGGUUCCUAGGGCUAGACACGAUUCCCCAUACAAGCAGGAACUACUGGACCAUUGCCAGGAGAUCCUCAGCAGAAUCUCAGUCUUGCAGUCUUCCCCUGACGGUGUGACCACUUUGCGAUUUACGAACCUUCUGUCGAGGCUCUUGGACCAGCCUGUUCUCUCCAGAAAACAUGCGUCCUUGCAGUUUCUUCAUGCACUAUCACUGUCAUCAAAACUAUCCGCCACUUCGCAGCCUUUCUUGCCCUCUCUUGCUCCUCCUCCGCCAACUCGGCCCACCUCAAAUGCAAAUACCCCGGCUGACUCGUCACCCCCUGCCAGAUUGCCGAAAGGGAAGUCAAAGGCGGACGUACUACGGGAAUAUCGUAGCAAAAUCGGGCGGCCUCAUCUUCCGGAACAUCUGAUCUUGAGGGAUACCCUCUACUUACUGCAGGGCAUUUCGGGGAAGUAUGUACAUUUCGCACCAUCCAUCGACCCGGACGGAAACAAUGAGCUUGUGUUUACCGACGAUCCGAAAUAUCUAAUCCCCGCACCAGUCAAAGCCCUGGUUCACCGGCUUGCCGAAGUCGGCCAUCUCUACAUGAGGGUUGACGCCUUUGUGCAAGAGCGGGAGGGGAAGAUGGGCGUGGGGAUGAUUGAACAAAGUCUCUGCCAUCAUCUCCAGACGCAGCUCACCGAGUAUUACCGGCUAAUUGCUGUUCUCGAAUCCCAAAUGACAAUAGGUACAAGCGUGGAGGAUUCAUCGGAGACAGAAGAACCGAGCACACGUGAGGAAGAGAGUGGAUUAACUCUGAAACGAUUAGACGUCUGGAUCACAGAUUGGAGACUCAGGAUGCGAAUGAUGAGCGUAUGUGUUGAGGGUGCUCGAGGCUCGCAUGGGGGUGCACUUGUCAAUCUCAUCCACGGGUAUGCAGACAACGGUGAUCCGUUCAUACGCAAAUUUACCGAUCAAUUACUAGAAGAGGUUUCGAAGCCAUUCUUCGCCACAUUGCACAAAUGGCUGUUCUCGGGCGAACUAAACGACCCUUAUUCUGAGUUUUUUGUCGCGGUAGAUCCAGAGCUGGCCCAUUUGCAGUACCUGCAACCAACCGCCCGGGAUAGUGCCGGGCAGCUAUCUGGGGAUGGUGGAUUUGGCGAUCUGGGUGGCGACGGCGAAGACGUGUCUGGCGAACGCGAGGGAGGUCUGAAACUCUGGGAGACCAAAUAUCAGUUCCAAAAAGAUAUGCUUCCUGCUUUUGUGGGGGAAGCGUUCGGUCGAAAGAUAUUUUCGACAGGAAAAAGCCUGAACUUUAUCAGGUAUACAUGCCAAGAUAGCGAUUGGGUUGCCACGCGGGAGAAACUCAGCAAUACUGGCGGCACUCUCAAGUACAGUGAUAUAGUCGGCCUAGAGCGUUCCAUCGAUACUGCAUACCAGAUAGCUAGCCAUCGCCUGUUCGAGGUUUUCUUUGAAAAGUACACACUACUCGAUCAUUUGCAGGCUCUCAAACACUACCUCUUAUUGGGAUAUGGUGAUUUUGCGGAUCAGCUCAUGGAAACUCUCGGACCAAGUUUGGCGAGACCAGCCAAUACUCUGUACCGCCACAAUCUAACCGCCACUCUCGAAUCAGCUAUCCGGUCGUCCAAUGCGCAGACUGAUCCCGCUGACGUUCUCCGGAGGCUUGACGCCCGCAUGCUCGAGUACUCCCAUGGAGAGAUUGGCUGGGAUGUGUUCACGCUGGAGUACAAAGUCGAUGCCCCGAUCGACACUGUCCUGGAUCCCGAGGCAAUGAUGAAGUACCUAAAGCUAUUCAACCAUCUGUGGAAGAUCAAGCGGAUUGAAAGCACCCUGAGCAAAGGUUGGAUGAGAAUGGCUGGCGGUGCAAGGACGUUUCUGCGGGUUCCGGAGCUGAACAACGAUUGGCACCAGAUCCGUAUCGUCAUGGCGGAGAUGAUACACUUCAUCCGGCAGAUGGAAGCGUAUUGCCAACUUGAAGUCAUUGAAUGCUCAUGGAAGGUCCUCCUUGAAUUCAUACAGAAGAAGGAAGGCGACCUCGACGCCCUCAUUGAAGCCCAUCGUGCAUAUCUCGAUCGGAUGGUCAAGAAGGUGCUGCUGCUGAGCCCCAAAGCUGGGAGGGAGGAAAAUCUCCUGAAUCAGGUGCGAGACGUGUUCGCAAAUAUCCUGCAGUUCCGUGAGGCUACGGACGACUUCUACAAUUAUUGUCUCUCUGAGUCGGCGAGGAGGGACUCCGAUCUGGACGCGGAAAGGGGUGUGUUUACCCAUAUUCAACAAGGCACCGACCGAAGACACAACUCGGAUGCAGUGCACGGCAUACUUGCGCGAGUGCGGGACUAUGCCGCAACUUUCUCAGAGCGGGCGCAAGCCAUCGUCCAAGGACUGCAAGGCCAUGCAGAUCUCGACUGUCGUUUCUUGGGAAUUAGGCUGUCAUUCUCAGAUUUCUAUAGAACUAAAAAGGAACAACAACGGUCGUAG